AUGAAUGCGAAGAUGCAAGAUGCGAAUCGCAGACUCAGUGACGAGGCAUUUGAUACCAUCAUCAACCUUCUAACUGGCGCGCUUAUCAUCGGCGAGUUUGAAGAAGCUCAUAUUCACCUCAAAGGACUUAAGCGUAUGGUUGAGCUGCGAGGUGGAAUAACAGAUGACAGCAUUCGUUCGUCUUCAAUGUUGUCUGCUAUCAUUACCACCGACAUCAAAGCAGCGUCCGGAUUAAUGACCAAGCCUGUCUUUCCCUUGACUUGGGAUGCCCAGCCCAUUCCUUCAGAUAUCCAGCAGCGCAUUAUGCCACAAGCUUUGUCCCCUCUCAAUAAUCUCGGAUCGGGGUUUUUCGCCAAUUCCUUUAUCAGUCCCUCCUUGCAACGAAUUUUAUAUGUGCUACGGGAUAUGCUUUUCUUUAGCAUCAUGAAUCAGAUGACACCUGCGGCUAUUCAACCCAUUGAUCAGGACUUUUUCCGAGUCCUUAACUGCGAAGCAGAGCAUCAACUGCUCAGCUAUAUAUAUGCAGAUGACUCUCCCAAUCCGCUGUUGAAGCUUCAUCCUAUUGAAGCCGUCACUAGAGUGGCUUCUAUCUGUUUCCUUAAUCAUUUUAUGAUUGUUUCGCCUUCAUCCUCUGGCCUGGGCCGAGCCCUUACCAAACACCUCACGACGGCAGUGGAGACUUGCAAACUAUCUUUUCUACAGGAGCUACCGAAGGAAAACUUCGGUCUAUAUACUUGGGCACUCUUCGUCGGAGCUCAAGGGUCUCAAGGCCAGGCUGAACGAGCCUGGUUUGUGGGGCGUCUGGCCCACGUUGCAAUGAUCUGUGUGUGGCAGUCGUGGGAACAAGUCUCAAAAGUAAUGGCCAAUUAUUUCUUUGUUAUGACGUUGGAUGGCUUGAGCUGGCGAUCUAUCUGGGACGAAGCAAUGACUGGGUUUGUGAUCUCUGAGGCGGACGAAAUGGAGUGUCUUUUUGAACGAGAUGCACCCACCAAUUAG